UUCGAUCGGAACCAUGGGUCACAGCCUCAGAAUAGAUUAAAGACGCCUCGGAAAGCACGGCCUCCGAAGGGGAACUGUGUGAUAGACUGAUAGUCUGGAGUAGCUUUCAGAUGGAGCAGAUGGAGCGCGGGAAAUGCAUGUCGUGCGGCCCUACCAUGGGGAAGAUCGUCCAUCAACCUUCAUCGCGGGGCGAAUCAAGUCAGAUAUCACCAAGCCGGGCGGUUUCCAUCUACGUACUUUGUACGCCGUCCGACAUGUUGGGAGAACCCCCAUCCACACGAUUGCGAUCAGAAACCGAGGCCUAACCCAUUGGUAUGGAUGUAUAGACCUCGUAAGGGGUAUACGCUGGUACUGCGACAACCACUUCCGGCGUCCGGAGAAUAUAUGCGGGCUGCAUGCGACCAAACAACUGGCAGCAAGUCGCCAUUCCGCAUUGGGGCCUGAGUCCACUGGGAGGAGCGAGCCCGAGUCUGGAUCGGCAUCAACGACAUUCAUUCUGUCGCUUACGGAAUGCCAUCCACAAAUCAGAUUGAUCCUCUCAAUUCUGCAGGAUCGAAGGUUAUCCCGCGCGUCCCCUGUCAUGUACUAUGUAGUAGGCAGCGCUGCAGCCAAAACAAAAACCGUGAUUGCUGUUCGUGAAGAGAAAUGAUGGUCGCCGCCGGUGCAGUGUUUAUCAUCCGACAACCCCAAUGCGGCCCCUCCUCAGGGUUGCCCUGCACCUCGACUGUUAUGUACUAGCUGCGCAAGCGGCUCCGACGAAUAAGCGUCGGAGGCCCCUACGCAUCGGUCAAGCGACAUCUUACUGCUUGCUGGCUGGCUUACAAGGCUUGUUAUCGUAGCCACCGAAAUAACUAUACUAGAUGCAUGGG